AUGGCGGCCAAGGAGUGUCGGCGGCUGGACGCGGCGCUGGCGCGGCAGGUGCUGUCCGAGGCGGAGGCGCUCCUCUUCGACUGCGACGGCGUGCUGUGGCGGGGCGAGGCGUCGCUGCCCGGCGCGGCCGAGACGCUGCACCGGCUGGAGGCGCGCGGCGCGAAGCGGCUCUGCUACGUGACCAACAACUCCUCGCGGACGCGCCAGGCCUACACCGAGAAGCUGCGGCGCCUGGGCUUCCCGCCCGCGGAGCCCAGCCAGGUCUUCGGCUCCGCCUACUGCGCCGCGCGCCACCUGAGCCGCGCGCUGCCGCCGGGCGGCGCCGCCUACGUGCUGGGCGGGCCGGCGCUGAGCGCGGAGCUGGAGGCGCUGGGCGUGGCGCACCUGGGCGUCGGGCCCGCCCCCGAGCCCGGCUCCGCCCACUUCGGCGCGCGCGCCCCGCUGGAGCCCGCCGUGCGCGCCGUGCUGGUGGGCUACGACGAGCACUUCGGCUACGGCAAGCUCUGCCUGGCGCUGCGCUACCUGCUGCGCGGGGACAGCGACGGGCGCGGCUGCCUGCUGGUGGGCACCAACCGCGACAACCGCCUCCCGCUCGAGGGCGGCAGCGCCGUGCCCGGGACGGGCUGCCUCGUCAAGGCAGUGGAGACAGCUGCAGAGCGGGAAGCAUUCAUUGUGGGCAAGCCCAGCCGCUUCAUGUUUGAGUGUGUGGCCAGCGAGUUUAAGAUUAACCCUGCGCGCACCAUCAUGGUUGGUGACCGCCUGGACACAGACAUCCUCAUGGGCAACACCUGCGGGCUGACAACCCUCCUCACUCUCACUGGGGUCACCACACUAGAUGAGGUCAAAGGCCAUCUCAACAGUGACUGUCCUGAGCGCAAAAGCCUGGUCCCUGAUUACUACGUAGAUAGCAUAGCAGAUCUCCUCCCUGCUCUCACCGAUUAAGAAAGGGAGAUGUUCCAGCUCUACAGAGAUCUUUCUUCACCCCAAGCCACCCACAGUCUCUUCAGGCUGGUAGUAUUUUCUCAAGUUACUACGGUGCACACAAUUGCUGCUUGCAAAAGUAAGAAGAUUUUCGUGCGCAACAUUUAAAUUGAGCUCUCUGUUUACAAGUUCCUCUUAAAAAUGCACUUUGAAAGAA